AUGUUUCGUACUAUUCAUUUGUUACGAGGAAAAGUUUUAGCGGAUGAACAAGUGAAAUUGUUUGUGUCAAACAGUAAGAAGACCACCGAAAAUAAUGGUACUUUACCGGUGUUGCAUGUUUGUUGGUUCCAGCUAAUGCACAUGAUUGGAAAUCCAGCAUCAAUAAUUUCGUUUGAGCCUCGCACUUCCAGGGCUCUGCCAUCAAAUGUUCUCAGUGCUAUGAUGACAACUGAUGGUGCAAUGAGCAGUGAUGGAAAUCCACUAGUUGAGAAGUUCGAUGAAGAGCUCACUGAGUUCACUAUCAAUAGCUUAAAACGGUGUUUUUUCAUGACAUCUGCUGCUGUAAUGAAAUUGGUCGAUGUAUUUUAUGGAGAUAGUCGUGUGGUUAUAGAUUUUCGAGAAUCCGAUGACUUGAUGCGACUUUGGUCUGAUUUGAAUCGCUCUGUAUAUGAAGAUUGGUUGAAACAUCAACAGCGAUUUCCGCGAAGCUCGAGUAACUCUGUAGGUGCAACUGGAGAUAAUGAAACGUUGGCAGCAGCUCAAUCAGCUAUGGCAACAGGCGGAGGAAGCGGUGGUGGUUUCAAAAAUGCACUUGGUGUUCCCGGUGUUUCAAAAAGUCGUGCUACUUCUGAACGUUCAUUAGCUACAAGUAUAACGGUAUCCUCACCUGUCGUUGAGGAGAUAUUAUUGGAGAUUCCAAAACCCAAUUCAGCUCAAUUUGUUUGGCAUUAUUUGCAGAGUAAUAAAGUUUACAAGCCAUACCUUGGUGAACAUCAACCAAAAGUGGCACGAAUGUUAGAUACUUUUAUGGAUUGGCUUGUGCAGUCUUCACUCGUGAGACCUCUUCGAUCUCCAGCAGAUGAUGCAGCCAGUCAAUGCUCGAUGAGUUCUGCCGGUGCUGAAGAGACGCCAUAUUUGGAUGAGAGGAUGACAGCUGCAAGUAGUACUGAAAACAAUGGAGGAGGUGUUUCUGGUGUUAUUCCAUCAACGAAUGAGUCGUCAGUUUCUCGACGAUCAUUUGCCCAUUCGAUGACAUCAUCUGGUGGUGCUCAUUCCGGGUUAUCGCACUCAAUUGAAUGGCCCGAAGUAGACGGAGUGUCUGCAGGCCGAGCCGCUGCUCUCGGAGCCCUUUGUCGCAUUAUGUGUUCCAAGAAAAGUAAAGAAACCAUAACGGACUCACAGCUGGCACAAUUCUAUAAAGUUGUUUACGAGGCAUUACUGGAGAAGGACCGGCUAAUGCUUUGUGCGCUCAUUUAUUUUGGUGGUGGUAUUUUUCAUCUAGCUUUAAAAAGUGUUGAAAUACUUCUGCCACAGUUUGUUCAUGCACUCGAAAUGAUUUAUACAGAGUCUAUAAAGUUGAGGCUUCAUCCAUCUAUAGAUGAAGUUCAAAUGCGCCGUGCCUGUUUGAAUGCCUUGUCAUCUAUAAUCAGUUGGCCUACAACAUUUGGAAAUAUGCUCAUUAGUGAUCUGUCAAGUCCGCAUUCCAGUACAGAUGAGAGCUCAUUUACAUACAUCGAAGUUCGUCCUCGAAUGCAUCGUAUCCUUAUUACUGCGCUUCGUAAUGAAGUUGAUCCCAUGAAUCUCUUCCUCACUUUAACUAUGUGUACAAUACUAUGUGAAGAAAGUUGUUUAUAUGAUAUGCACAUGAUACAGGGAAAAAGUAUGAAGGAGAAGAGUGAGUGGGAAAAUGUUCCAUAUUCGCAAGAGGAGUGUUGUGCAUCGAUAGUGCGUUCGAUAGUGAGUGCAGUAUGCGACAAUUUGUGCAAACCUCAGUGGUCGUCCGAAUUAUCAGUAUGCCUAGCGGCGUUGGAUUAUCUGAAUGCUCUUUCUGUUAUGCAUCAAUCAAUUUUGUUCUGCGGAAAUGAUAUGUCGACAGGUUUUCUGGUAGUUACUUCGCUUUGUCGGUUUAUUGAUACACAACUAAUGAAACCUCCGCCUUUACAUUCUAAAGAUUUACAUUCUUCGGUUGUGGCAGCAUAUUUUUCAUUGUCUGUUUGGUUAUGUGCAGCACCACUACUGUUGGAGACAGAAUCUUGUUUAACAACUGUUGCUGAAACCAUCGAGUUUGGCUUGACGGGUGGAAAAAAUCUUCCUCCGUCGGAGCGGAAAGCAGCGAGUAAGCGAGUGGAUGAUGCUGCCGAAAACUUGUUGUAUAUGAUAUUCUCAGCUUUAGGUCAUGGUAAACAGAAUGAUAUCGAGGAUGAAAAGAAGUUAUUGUAUAAAUUUGGUAGCCAGGCGAUUGAUACUACUAAAUUCAGAUACUUCCUCAUCCGACAACAAACGCUGCUUUCAAUUCAUGAAGCCACCAAAUUAUCUGCCAUUUCUAACGGAUUUCCAUCGGUGUUUCUCGUAUUACGUACUCCUUAUCAUGCAGCUUACACAUUUUUUGUACAACUGCAGCCAUGGGCCGCGACUAGAACAGACAAAGUUACUGAUGAUAAAGAAAGUGAACAUCUCCAGAAUGGUGUUAGAAUUUCGAUGGAUUCCAAAAAUACUGUCAAAUUUUUUCACAUACCAUCCGAAUUCGAAAAAUCACACUGUAAAUUAGACUCCGUGAUUCCGCCACUGCAACCAACACCGGAUACAGACCACGUCAUUGCUGAAUUGACUGAUAUUCGAAAAAGAAUGUCUCAAGGCGAAAGUUGUCUACGUUCCUCAGACGAUCGCAAUGUUUGGCUUCGUGAACCACUUUCAAAGGAAUUAUCUAAACUUGCAAGGCCUACAGAGCCGCCAGCAAACUGUAGUGCAGGCCGAAUACUUCUCUAUGAUCUGGGUUUAAUUUCAGAAGAAAGUUACAAAUCUGGUGAUAUAUUGCUUCUUGACUCUUCGAACCCUGACUUUUAUCAUGAUCUGCAUCAAAUGGUGGACCGUUCACCGACAAAGUUGCUGCAGACUGUUCGCUUAUUUUAUGUUCGUGAUGGUCAACGUAGUGCUAUGGAUAUCCUUGCUAAUGCGAUGAAUCUGCAAAAUACAAGCAACUUAUUCUGUAGUUUGUUAGCGGAAUUAGGAGAAGGUGUUGAAGUGGAAACGCAUCCUCACUGGACUGGUGAUUGGACUACUGCUUUCUCCGCUGAACGCAAGCCAAAAGAAGCAGAGCAGAAUUUGGAUAACUAUAUCAUUGAUGGUUUCACCCAUUGUUUGUGGUGGACCGAUCCACAUAUCGAAAUUGCCUUCACAACACCAACAGAACGUGUUCUUGCCCGUAAGCAGCAAGCAUCUAGUGCUGACUGUGAUUUACUUGCGAGCUGUGGUGCAAAUGUUUCGAUUAUUAGUUCCGAUGAAUGUAGUGACUCGGAUCACGCUGUUAAGUUACAACGUGAUUUUGGUGGUCGAGCAUUAAGUCAUUCAUCCAGUGAUGAACGAUCAGCUGGACAAACGAGUGGUAAUAGUAGUGGGCGAUCAAAUAAACUGCUUUCUGAAACACUUCUUCCGCCGCACAAAAAAAGUUACUCAGGUAUUGAUUCUGGGAGUGAAACAAAAGAAAAUGGUUCAGAAAGGAUUACGUUCGUUAAGCGCAAUUCCGACCAACGUGUAUAUGUGAUCUUCCUGGAAAGAAUCGAAGACAUGCACUAUUUCCCAUAUGAGGAAAUGUUCCCCAUGACAUCGGAUGAUUCAUUAUGCAGUAAAGAGAAUAAUGCGAGACCUGAUUUGAUUAUGAUUUUCGUUUCGGAAGUGGAAGGCCAACUUGUUCGAAUCAAUGUAAUUGGCGAUUGGACGAAAUGUGGUUUGCCAGGACCGUUGGUUGAUGGUUGUUUAGUUUCUAGCAGCGCCUUACCAACUCUUUUGAAACAUACAAUCAUUAGUAUUGCUCGGCGAAGGACCGUUGAACUGGAAAAUUAUCAGUUGGUAGCAUCAAAACGUCGACGUACAAUUCAGGAGUUCGCCCAGAAAUAUGCAAUCAAGAAGUCAUACUGUGAUUUUGUCGAAUUAUUACUGAACGAAUGA